UCUCGACUACAUUGACAGUUAUCUCUGUGAUUUCAUUCCGCUAAAGAAAUGUCAGUGAAAAACGCCCAGCCCAACUUCAGUCCCUCUCAGGUGUCUGAGAUCAUGAAGAGGCUCUACAACCUGACCGCCUCAGAAAUACGCCCUCUGCCCAGCUAUGAUGACCAGAACCUCUAUGUGGCUCCCACUGAGGGUGGCGAGUACGUCCUAAAAAUCAUGAACACGGAGGACAGUAAGAACCCCACCCUCAUUGAGUUGCAGACCCAUGCCAUGUCCUUUCUCUACCAGAAUGGACUUCCUGCUCAAACAGCCAUGCCUACCACCUCAGGACAACUCAUGAGCCUGGAAGAAAUAGAUUGUGGGUAUGGCUGUCAGAAGUACUUGGUCCGACUGCUGACUUAUUUACCUGGAGUGACUGUUUCUAAGGUUCCUCUUACACCAAAGUUAUUAUAUGAGACUGGCAGGAUGGCUGCUAGAAUGGAUGAAGUCCUUCAAAAGAUGGAGCAUCCUCAUCUCAGCCUUCUCGAGAGGGAGAACUUUAUCUGGAGCUUGUCAAACAUUUGUCUCCUGGAAGAAUACAUGAGUGUACUAGAUGGAGAUCCACUUCAGGAGGUUGUAAAAUCUGUUAUUGAUCAGUACAAAAACUCUGUGAUCCCCAGACGAUCCAAUUUUCGCAAAUGUAUUAAUCAUGGUGACUUUAAUGACCUCAACAUUCUCAUGCAACCCGAUGACAAUCAUGGCUACAAGAUUUCUGGCAUCCUUGACUUCGGGGACAUGAACAGUGGCUUCUACAUUAAUGAACUUGCCAUCACCAUAAUGUACAUGAUGAUUGAGCAUCCUGAUCCCAUCGAGGUGGGUGGGCCUGUCCUCGCAGGCUGGGAAAGCGUCAUCCCCCUCAACAAGGAUGAGAAAGACUGCCUCUAUGUGCUGGUGCUCUCUCGCUUCUGCCAGUCGCUGGUUAUGGCUCGGUAUUCCGUGAUGCUGCACCCAGAAAACGGAGAGUACCUCAUGAUCACUUCCAGAAAGGGAGUUAAGAUCCUUCAGAAAGUCUGGGAAUUGGGAAAAGAGCAUGUGGAGAAGGUUUGGUUUGACCAUGCUGCUCAGCUCAGUGUUUGAAUGGAAAAAGAUGUUAAUUUUCUAUUCAAAGACUUUCAUUCAUUAACUCCGGUUAAUGAAUGAAAGAAAUACUUCAGUAAAUUAUAACUUACAAUAAUAACGUAUAAUAAUUUAUACACAGUGUUAAUUCAUAUGAUUAUGACAUAUAGACAAUUAAAAUCCAAAAUAAAAUAGAAUAUUAUGUACAAAACAAAAUAGUUUUAGUGUAAGAUAUAUUUUCAUAUAGUGUACAGUUAAUUCUCUUGGUCUGGGCGUCUCUGGAGGGAAUUACUGGAUCAUGGCAUGGAAGUGAUCAGUUUUGCUCAGGUGCUAAGAAAACCCAGAUUGCUCGAAUAACUAUGUAAUGUCUGCAUUCCUGGUUCUGGUCUACCUUAUCUUCUUGAUCAAACACUAAAGAUCCUUUUGCGGUGUUUACAUUAGGCUUGUUGCCAUCAAGCACGAUGACACCAUUAGCUUUAAAGUAGGUUUUGGUGCCUUCUUCUGCUGGAAAAUAUACUCAGCAUCUCUGUAAAGCUUUGAUGGAAGCAUAAAGAGCUCUAAUAUUUCCUGGUAGAUGUGUCUGUGCUCACUUUGGACUUGACGAUAAGCAGUCAAGUCCAUCAGCAUCAGCAGAUGGCGUGGCUCCCCAAAGCAUCACUUACUGUGGAAACUUCACACUACAGUCUUUCUUUUGGCUGUGCAGAUCACACUAUUAUAGACUGUUGAAACAAAUGAGUACAUGUGCUUUGAAUUUCAGUUUCACUUUUUAAAUAGAAUUACUCCAUUUAAUUUUGAGUGAUAUUUUAACUAUUAAAUUACAGUACACCUGAAACCUUAUCCUAAAAUAUGAUUAGCAGAGAAUAUUUCAGCAGUUUCUGGAUUAACUGAGUGCUAAGGAGUCAAGUCUUUUGUUUUAAGCACUUCAGUGAGACUUGCUCUAAAUAACAGGCGCUCAUUUGUGAACAAUGCCUUUUAUUUUAGUAUUCAAAGCUUUACUAAAUUAACUAUUUAUUAUAUCGUAAGGCACUUAUGUAUUUGAUUUCCAAAUAAAUAUAAUAUUUUAUGUCAAGAUGAUUUUGUAAAAGACAAUUCACUAAGAAGGAAAUAAUUUCUCUUCCAUAAAACAUUGGUCCACAUUUAAAACAUUCAUUUGGGGAUAUUUAAGCUGCCCUGUUUGAAAACCCAGUAAACAUGUGUUGAAUGUGAGGAGAAGUGAUUUGCUUUUCUACAUUUCUUUUAAAAAAAGCAACAAAUGCUGGAAUCUCUGCUAUGAAUUCUGUGCCUUGUUAGAAAGUUUCCUUUCUAGUAAUGUUUAUUCUUACAAGACUUUCACAAAUUAAAGUUAGUGCUUCCAAUGGUUUACAAAUAAAUAGCUUAAAGUUUUUUGUUUUUUUUUCAUCUUUAUAUUAUCACUAAUGCGUCUUUGUUGGACAUGCUUUUAUAUUUUUUCAGUGUACAGUAUUUCAACCAAACCAGGUGGAAGUGAAAGAUGAGGUGCUUGAAAGUUGACACUUUAUGUAGGAGAUGCUUCAUGUUCAGGAUCCAGAAUAAAAUGAUCACAUGGAGUCAUCAGGUGAACUUUAACUAUUCUGAUUUGUACAUGUAUGUUGUUCUUAUGUAACGUCUUUUGGUUUCUGGUAAAUGAUUGAUUUUUUGUACUAUUAAUUUUACUCCCAAACAUGCCUUAUAUGACUGACUGUACAAAGGUCUAUAUAGCAAAGCACAUCUUAAUCUGGCAAAUUAGUUACCAGAUUGUGAUUUUUUUUUUUUGCUGUUGUUCAGCAACAUAUUUGUAUCUCUUACACAAGAUACAUGUUUUCCUGAUCAAUGUAAUUAUCAUUUGAAUAGAUUAGAGGUGAAGUGAAGUUUUUUUUUCAGAAAUGAUUAAGAAUGUAGAAUAACACCACACCUCCAGUGAGCUUUUGACAGAUCAGCAGUCUGGAUAAAAUAUGAUGUAAUACUGCCCUUGUGUGGUGGCUUUUACAACUCCACUGUAAUAAAACUGUAAAUGGGGAAUAAAUGAAAGUACAGCAUAGCAAUAUUGAAAAUCGUGAAAAAGUUAAAUAAUUUUCAUUUCAGAAAGCAAAGUCCUGUGUGUCUCUAUGUUGUCCUGUGAUGUACUAGCGGCCUGUCCAACGUCCACCUGUUCCUUUGUCCCUUUGUGACUCUGCAAGGAGUAGCAGGUAGAUAAUGGAUAAAUGUCCAAAACUGGAUUGAACUGAGCUGCGUUAAUACCUUUUCCAAAUAAUUUUGAACUAAACUGCUUUUUGACAAAACUAAAAUAUCACAGUACUAAUAGUGGCGAAAGCUAAAGUCGAGCAGGAUGAAAAUAGAAUAACAAUCUUUUUUUUUUAUUUAACAUAUCUCCAAAUCAAAAAUGUUUCAUUAUCACUAAAGUCUUUACGUCCUAAAAAAGUGCAAGUCGAAAACAUUCUCUUAACAUUGCAUUGAACUACAAAAGAUUGACAGAACAGUCACAUGUUCUUUGUUUAAAUGCUAGUCAUUGAGUUAAGCACUAAGAGAACACAUUUUUCAUUUCUUUUGUCUUCAGUGUUUCUGUUAGUAUAACUAAUGUUAAGAGCACUACAGACUGUCGCAGCACAGACUUCCUUUGGAAUGAACUUCACUGAUUGCUGACAACCAUGUAGAAAGGAAAAGCAAUAGCUCUAUCUGCAGCGUGUCAAAUUUUACAGUAUUCAGCUUUCAGCAUAGGUAUGCAGACCUGUCAGUGUUACUCAGCGCUGAAGUCCUAAUCAACUCAGCUGUUUAUAAUUACACAGAUGGUAAAGUUUAGGUUAUUAGGUUAAACUCGUUAACUUCACAGCCAACAUUAUGCUUUCUCUUACAUAUGGUUGAAUUUAUAGAUUAAUGUGGCUGCAGUUAGAGUAAUCAGCUUUCUCGGCUGCCCGUGCUGUGGAUAGAAAGCGCUUGAGGGGAUUAAGAAAUAAGUUUCAGCUUUCAUACAUCUGCAAUGAGAAUGAGGAGAGGAGUGUUUUAUGAUGAAAACACCACUGCCUCUCUCAGGCUCACCUUUUGGCCCACAUUAAACAUUACAUUACUUAGUGAAGUCAUGUUUUACACUUGUAAUUCCAAAUGUAAAACCGUAGUAUGAUUGUUUUUGUUUGUGUAACCACAUCUGAAGGUAGGCACAGCGCUAAUGGAAAUACUAAUGCAGAAUCUGCAGUCUGAAAAUUUAAAGUUGGGACGUUUAAGUUGAUGGAAUGACGUACUCUACAUAAAUGAACAUUUUGUUUCUGUUUCAUCCUGAGAAGAGAACACUUCGUUAAUUUGAGAUUUUUUUGGUGUUAUUUAAAUUAUAAAGCCCAGAGACGCAAAUAAGCCUAAAAUACAAUUUUUCAAUCUACCCUUUGAUAUGGCACACUUUGAAGACUGAUGAAUCCCCUGCUUUAUUAGAUAUUUUGCAAGAUGUUUUGAAGGCUUCUGGAAUCAGUUCAGCUGAGGUUUCUGUGGUCAUUAUAUUAUGCUUUACAAUGUUGUCUCAAUGCAGUGUAAGAAUUUCCACAAAUAGAGUAAAGGUUUCCUAAUUCAAUUGCUUCAUCAGAAAAAUAGGCUAUAAAAAACUCCAUUAGACUGCAACUAAGAGAAAAGUGUUUGAAAAUUGAAAUUGAAAAAUGUAAUUUAUGCCAGGUCUUUAGUUUUGAAUCUAAGUUUUUAAAGUAAAGAGGAUGUGCUCAAAAACUUACUGAAAACUUAAAUGCAUGUAUGAUAUUUGGAAAAUAAUUGCAAAAAACCCAGCGUAGUUUCACUCAAAAUGGAGAAAUCAGCCUAGCGUACAAUGCAUGACAACUAUUUGUAGCAACCACAACUCAGAAAACUGUCCAACUGAUUGGUCUGAGUCCAGUUUCUUGCUUGAAUGAAAGCUUUGUACUGAAUCUAUUCGUUGGAAACAACUUUCUCAUAUAAACCAGACAGAACCCUCUGGAGGACCAGCCAAACAACAGCCACUGUUAAAAUGUGAGUCUCUCCAGCAUCACAGAGGAAGAAAAGCAAUGGUGAGAUUUUUACCCACAACAUUUAUUUCAGAUAAACGGUCCACUAAAUAUUGCAUGUUUAAACUAUUUAAACACAUAAUUAUUCUGCUGAAUGAAAGCAGUUUCACUUUUAAGCAUUCAGUAAUGAACCUUGUGAUGAAUUCCGAGAUAAUUGGAGGUUACAAGAAAAUGAGACGGUUAUCUUUGUGAUACCUAAUUCAGCUAUAAAUGGCUUUUAAAUAAAAAAUAGCAGUUUGAGAAAGUAGCUUGCAGUUUUGACAAAGAUACUAUAUUUUGUUUUGGAUAAAUAAUGCAGUCAAGCUGGCAGCUAAUGUAGGCAGAAGAGAAAAGAGUGUUUGGAGUUGAAAGAUUGAAAUUAAAGUUUCAUUAUAUUUCUGACAGUAUGCCUUUUUUUAAAUAAGAUGUACUGUGACAUAUUUCAGUCUGCACUCUGACUGAAAUAUGUGGAUAAGUUCAUGUUUUCGUCACCCACCAUCCUCCCCUUAACAAAUGACAAGCAGGGCUGCUGUUCAGUGUGUCUGUACAGGACGCCACUCAGUCUUCUUUACAAGCUUACAACAAAGGUUAUGGAAGUCGUGGUCUCCAGAUGUGUUGGCUGCUUCCUCAGUAUCAUCAGUCUGGAAUUUGUUUAGUUGAAACUGAUUUGCCUUGACCUGUCUACAACAAUGGGGCAUUGUCAAUAAAAGCAUUCCUGUUCAAAGCCAAA